AUGGCUACCAUCAGCAAAUCCACAAACUACAGCUGUGGGGGCUGCAAGGGAGGCUGUGACUCCAGCUGUGGGGGCUGCAAGGGGACCUGUGGCUCCAGCUGCUGUGUGCCCGUCUGCUGCUGCAAACCCUGCUGCUGCCAGACCAGCUGCUGCAAACCCUGCUGCUGCCAGACCAGCUGCUGCAAACCCUGCUGCUGCCAGACCAGCUGCUGCAAACCCUGCUGUGAGCCUGUCUGCUGCUGCAAACCCUGCUGCUGCCAGUCCAGCUGCUGCAAACCCUGCUGCUGCCAGACCAGCUGCUGCAAACCCUGCUGUGAGCCUGUCUGCUGCUGCAAACCCUGCUGUGAGCCUGUCUGCUGCUGCAAACCAUGCUGUGCCCCCGUUUGCUGGCUCUCUGUGCUGUCCCAGCAGUGGUUGGCCACGCUGUUCCAGUCCCACCACGGGGCUCCCGUGCGCCAGGUCCUCGCCAUCCCUGGCCUGUCCUUCGGCGACGGCCACUCUCACGGCCUGAGGGAUGCCUCUACCAGCUGCUGCAAACCCUGCUGUGAGCCUGUCUGCUGCUGCAAACCCUGCUGCUGCCAGUCCAGCUGCUGUAAAACCUGCUGUGCCCCCAUUUGCUGCCAAUGCAAGAUCUGA